CAAAUACACGUCAAAUCAAAAUCAUUUUCGCUAGCGAUUAUGGAGCGUAAUGGUUUUGUGUUUCGUAAUAAACACGUUAUGUUUACAACUGGUAUUAAAACGGAAAACAGAAUUAACGAUAAAGACGUUUUAAUUGAAACAGAUGGCACGUUUAUAUUAGUCGUUAGGUAUAAAUAACACAGUUGUUUUGAUUAAUUUUCCUUUAAAAUGAAUCCUGAGGAUCAGAGUUCAGAUUUCACGAGAGUUGUUGACACUGUGAUGAGUUUAUUCGGUGAAGUGAUGACCCGAGAUGCAGUCUGCGCAAUCGUGGAGCACUGUGGUGGGGACUUGACUGAAGCAGUUGAUAUUAUUGUCAACAUGUCAGAUGAUUCUUCUGUCAGCGAAUUAUCAAAUAAUGUACCAACACCCAAUCAAACAAUUGUAUCUUCACACAAUGUUGCGGGAAAUCUAACUGUGUCACCAACGCCGCAGAAUACUGGAACUGUGGAACUCAUAAUUAAAGAGACAGAAAGUCUAUCUGUAACAAGAAACCCACAAAAUGCCAAUAUGCUGGUAUUACAACCUGAAUUAUCAUAUUCUGGAGUGUCACAAUCCAAAGGAGCUUACCCCAAACAGCUUCCUAAACAAAGACCAAUCAACUCGCAAAUAAGUAUAUGGACGCCACAAACUAAACAAAUUGUUGAAUACCACAAUAAAGGGAGUAGAACUUUGAUUUUAAUGAGAGGUCUACCUGGGAGCGGCAAGUCUUUCUUAGCACGGCAACUAGUUGAAAUGAUGUGCCCAAGCAUGAAUUAUAAAUCAUUCAUAUUUAGCACCGAUGACUUUUUCAUGCAUAGAGGAAGAUAUGAAUUUCAGAGGUAUAUGCUUCCCGAGGCACACUUAUGGAAUCAAAAUAGGGUACAAGAAGCAAUUGGACGCGGUUUAAGCCCUAUUAUCGUCGAUAAUACUAACGUGGAGAUACGGCACAUGGAGUCAUAUGUUAGGGCAGCAGUCCGGGGAGGCUACAUAAUAGAGGUUUUAGAACCUAAUACUCCAUGGGCUAAAAAAGUUGGCCAUCUGGCUCGAAAAAAUUCCCAUGACGUCAACAUUUCGACUUUAAAACGACUACUAGAUUCCUUCCAACAUUGCCCGAACGGUGCUUUUUUAAUACAAAUUUUUGGGCUAUCAUAUCCUGCUGAUAAAGUCCCUCCAGUAUUGAGGAAUAUUCCACCUGUUUUUGAACAAGAUCAACAUGAUGCACCAUCUUCACAUAAAACAAGUGAAAGCCAGGUAAAGUACAAGAUGAAUUUAUUUUAUGGAAAGUUUUAA